AUGGAAGGAGAUUCAGUGAAGUUAAUAGGAUUUUGGGGUAGUCCAGCUGUUCUAAGAGUGAAGUGGGCACUAGCAGUUAAAGGAAUAGAGUGCCAAUAUGUGGAAGAAGAUCUCAGCAACAAGAGUGACAUGCUCUUUAAAUACAACCCUGUCUACAAAAAGGUACCUGUUCUUGUGCACCAGGAUCUGAGCGAGUUAUCGAUGGAACAGAUCGGGGAAGACAGAGCUGACGAGGAUUUAGCAACCUAUGCUACGACGGAAGGAUGUUGGAAUUGGGAGAGGUUAGCUCAGCUAAUCCCAGAGGAGAUUAUCGUUAUGAUUCGUACUGUUAAAGCUCCCCACCACUCCCUCGGACCGGAUUCCCUAGGAUGGCUACCAAAACCUCAGGGCAGUUUCUCUAUCAAAUGA